GGAAGUGGGAGGAGAAAAAAAAAAUAGUAGCAAGUUGUAGUUGCAGGAGAAACACCAAAGCAAAGCCCUUUGGGAUGGACCUGUGCCCACGGUGACAGGAGCCCCGAGCACCCCAUCCCCAGGGGCAGGACGCAGGGACAACAUGGGCAGCAAGGAGCGCUUCCACUGGCAGAGCCACAAUGUCAAGCAGAGCGGAGUGGAUGACAUGGUCCUGCUCUCCAAGAUCUCCGAGGAGGCCAUCGUGGAGAACCUCAAGAAGCGCUUUAUGGACGAUUACAUCUUCACCUACAUCGGGCCGGUGCUCAUCUCUGUCAACCCCUUCAAGCAGAUGCCGUACUUCACCGACCGAGAGAUCGAGCUGUACCAGGGGGCGGCUCAGUAUGAAAAUCCCCCCCACAUCUAUGCGCUGACGGACAACAUGUACCGAAACAUGCUGAUCGAUGGGGAGAACCAAUGCGUCAUCAUCAGUGGAGAAAGCGGGGCCGGGAAAACAGUGGCAGCGAAAUACAUCAUGGGCUACAUCUCCAAAGUGUCCGGGGGUGGCGACAAGGUGCAGCACGUGAAGGACAUCAUCCUGCAGUCCAACCCACUGCUGGAAGCCUUCGGCAACGCCAAAACCGUCCGCAACAACAACUCGAGCCGCUUUGUAAGUCCCUGGGGCAGGCGUGGACCAUGCCAAGGGUUGGUACCUUGCAGUGCCAUAGCCAGGAUCGUCCCUGUCGUGCUUGUGGCGUGGCUGGAGGGGACAGCCAGGGGCUGGGUGCUGAUGGGCACCAUGCCUGGGCAGGGGAAAUACUUCGAGAUCCAGUUCAGCCGGGGCGGUGAGCCCGACGGGGGGAAGAUCUCCAACUUCCUGCUGGAGAAGUCACGGGUGGUGAGCCAGAACGAGCACGAGAGGAACUUCCACAUCUACUACCAGCUCAUCGAAGGGGCGUCCCAAGAGCAGCGGCAGAACCUGGGCAUCAUGAGCCCGGAUUAUUACUACUACUUGAACCAGUCGGACACGUACCAGGUAGAAGGCACGGACGACCGCAACGACUUCCAUGAGACCAUGAAUGCCAUGCAGGUGAUCGGCAUCCGGGGCGAGGACCAGCAGCUGGUGCUGCAGAUCGUGGCAGGGAUCCUCCACCUGGGCAACAUCAGUUUUCGGGAGGAGGGCAACUAUGCCCAGGUGGAAAAUGCCGACUCCCUGGCCUUCCCCGCCUACCUGCUGGGCAUCGACCGCGACCGCCUCAACAGCAAGGUCACCAGCCGCAAGAUGGACAGCAAGUGGGGCGGACGCUCCGAGUCCAUCACCGUCACCCUCAACGUGGAGCAGGCGGCUUACACCCGGGACGCCCUGGCCAAGGGGCUCUAUGCUCGUGUCUUUGACUUCCUCGUGGAGUCCAUCAACCGAGCCAUGCAGAAGCCGUACGAGGAGUACAGCAUUGGGGUGCUGGACAUCUACGGCUUCGAAAUAUUCCAGAAAAAUGGUUUUGAGCAGUUCUGCAUUAACUUUGUGAAUGAGAAGCUGCAGCAGAUCUUCAUAGAGCUGACCCUGAAGGCAGAACAGGAGGAGUACGUGCAGGAGGGCAUCAAAUGGACCCAGAUCCAGUACUUCAACAACAAGGUGGUGUGCGACCUGAUAGAGAACAAGCUGAACCCUCCCGGGAUCAUGAGCGUCCUGGAUGACGUCUGUGCCACCAUGCACGCCACCGGCGAGGGCGCUGACCAGACCCUGCUGCAGAAGCUGCAGGCGGCCGUGGGCACCCAUGAGCACUUCAACAGCUGGAGCUCAGGCUUUGUCAUCCACCACUACGCAGGCAAGGUCUCCUACGAUGUGAACGGCUUCUGUGAGCGCAACCGGGACGUGCUCUUCACUGACCUGAUUGAGCUCAUGCAGAGCAGCGAAUACGGUUUCAUCCGGAUGCUUUUCCCGGAGAAGCUUGAUUCUGACAAAAAGGGCCGCCCAACCACUGCAGGCUCCAAAAUCAAGAAACAGGCUAACGACCUGGUGAACACGUUAAUGAAGUGCACACCACACUACAUCCGCUGCAUCAAGCCCAACGAGACCAAGAAACCCCGUGACUGGGAGGAGAGCAGGGUGAAGCACCAAGUCGAGUACCUGGGGCUGAAGGAGAAUAUCCGCGUACGCCGGGCUGGUUUCGCCUACCGCCGCCUUUUCCAGAAAUUCCUGCAACGCUACGCCAUCCUCACCCCCGAGACGUGGCCGUGCUGGCGCGGGGACGAGCGGCAAGGCGUGCAGCACUUGCUGCGCUCUGUCAACAUGGACCCAGACCAGUACCAGAUGGGACGGAGCAAGGUGUUUGUCAAGAACCCCGAGUCGCUCUUCCUCCUGGAGGAGAUGCGGGAGCGGAAAUUUGACGGCUUCGCCCGGGUGAUCCAGAAGGCCUGGCGCCGGCACAUCGCCAUCCGGAAAUACGAGCAGAUGCGAGAGGAGGCCUCCAGCAUCCUCUACAACUGCAAAGAGCGGCGGAGGAACAGCAUCAACAGGAAUUUUGUGGGCGAUUACCUGGGCAUGGAGGAGCGGCCAGAGCUGCGGCAAUUCCUAGCCAAGAGGGAGCGGGUUGACUUCGCCGACUCCAUCACGAAGUAUGACCGGAGGUUCAAGCCCAUCAAGCGGGACUUCAUCCUCACCCCCAAGUACUUUUACCUGAUCGGGCGGGAGAAGGUGAAGAAAGGCCCUGAGAAGGGGCAGAUCAAGGAGGUGCUCAAGAAGAAGGUGGAGAUCCAGGCGGUGAGCGGCGUCUCGCUGAGCACCCGGCAGGAUGAUUUCUUCAUCCUCCAUGAGAACGAUGCCGACAACUUCCUCGAGUCCAUCUUCAAGACGGAGCUGGUCAGCCUGCUGAGCAAGCGCUACGAGGAGCUCACCCAUACCAAGCUGCAACUCACCUUCAAAGACACACUACAGUUUCGGGUGAAGAAGGAGGGCUGGGGCGGCGGCGGCACCCGCAAUGUCACCUUCAUGAGAGGACAGGGCGACGUGGCCAUCCUCAAAGCUGGAGGCAAAACCCUUACGGUCAGCAUCGGGGACGGGCUCCCCAGGAACUCCAAGCCCACAAGGAAGGGGGUGACGCAGAGCAGAGGUGGCAGCAGGUAUCCAGCACCUUCCCGGAGUGCCCCCCCAGCACCCCAAGGCACCUGCAAGAACGGGGCUCCCCAGUUCCCACGUGGGAACAGCCGGGCUCAGCGGGACACCUACAAGACACCCCAGAAGCAGGCACGGGCACCACCGGCCACAGUGCUGCCCACCCAAAGCACAAACCGCCGGCCAAAGACACGGCCCCCAUCCGAGCAGAACAUGGAGUUCCUCAACGUGCCUGACCAGGGGGUGGCCGGCAUGCAGCGGAGGCGAAGCGUGGGCCAGCGGCCACCCCCGGCCGGGCGCCCCAAGCCGCAGCCCAAGGUGGCCACGCCGCGCUGCCGUGCGCUGUACCAGUACAUCGGGCAGGACGUGGACGAGCUCAGUUUCAACGUGGGGGACAUCAUCGACAUCCUGCUGGAAGAUAUUUCUGGUUGGUGGAAGGGACGGCUGCAUGGCAAGGAGGGGCUUUUUCCUGGGAACUACGUGCAGAAGAUCUGAGCCGGGCGCAGUGGACAAGGAUGCUCCCAGUAGGUGCCAGCCAUGGGGACGCAGCCCUGCGGAGCCCUCACCAGCCCUCGCCACCGCUGGAUCCAGCCUGGUGGCAGCCACCAGUUUCUGCAGCUGCUUCAGACAGUGGAGCAGGGCCAGGCUCUUUGCUGCUUGUUCGUACGAUGGUUGUGGAACUGCUGAGGUGACUCUGGGGCAUGGAUCGUUUUAUCCUUGGUAAUUAUAGCAGUGAAGUUA